AUGACAGAUUGCAAGGGAAAAAAUGUGAUUUCGAACGAUGAAUCUUAUCUUAAGAAGAAAGAGAGAGAAAUAAAACAUCUCCGUAAACAAAUUUCCGCUUUGCAAAAUGAAGCCAUCAGAAGUUUCACCGAAGCUAUUCACUAUAAUGAAAGAAUUCUUUACAAUGUUGUCGCUUAUCAUGACCGUAUUUCUACUCGCGAAGAUGGUGGUUGUAUGACCAUAAGGAAUCAAUUGAUCGCCUCGCAAGCUAUUCUUGCUGACGCCAGAGACGCAAUGUUGAGUUAUUCGUCAAUCAGCGUUGAAGAUCAGGAGCAUUGCGAGGAGGAUGACCAAGAGUCCAUUAAGAGUGUUGCGACAUCCACUGCUAAAGAAAGUCGAUUCAGUGGGUCAACUAGUAAUUCCGUUAAGAAUGCUCCGAUUAUCGAGUCGCUUAGAGGCACCAAUCAAGCUUUCGUGGAAUCUCUGAAAGAACUUUCAGCUAAGCUCGCCUUGCGUCAUUCCGCGUCCACACCUCAACAAUCUCCCGAAUUUUUGGUUCAAAAUUUGGGUCAUAAUUUGCAAGAAGUGACCGCCGACGCGACUAAGCAAAGUACGCCAAAAAUCACGAUUCCGGCCGUCUAUGUUGGUGUGUUUAAGAUUGAUAUUCCACCUGCUGUCAUCAAGAAAUCGUUAAGUGAUAUGUUUGGGGAAGUAAUCGCCGUUGCAAAAUACCGUCACAGGGAUCAUGCUUUCGCGUACUUUGCAAAAUGGGAUUCCUAUAAUGAAGCAUUGACUCAAGGAGCAAUCGUUAUUUCUGGCCAAAUGCUAUCAAUUAAGAAAUCUGAACAUGCCCCACGACCAGGCUCUUUCGAUUGGUAUCGAUUUCGCAGCGCUUACGAAAAUAAAGAGUUGUUUAAUGAAGUGUCGGAGAAGAUUCUUCAAUAUUACGAGGGCAUAAAGAACCGUGACCGCUAUUACCUAGCAAAGUCCAUAACUUUGAUUGAAUCUAAGCGAAAGGAUCACAAACGAGAGGCUCAACGAUUGCUCUCCAUGAUCCUUGAGGCGCAACACACUACCGAAAAUAUGGGUGAACGCAAACCGACAUUCAGAAUAGGGUUAUCCGGUCCACCAGGUGUUGGAAAAUCGACUUUUAUCGAAAGUUUCGGAAUGUAUAUACUUUCUCAAGGACACCGUGUAUCCGUACUGGCCGUUGAUCCGUCUUCAUCACGAAACGGUGGUCACUGUCUAACGUACGAUGUUCUUAGGUUUGUUUUAAUGGUACCACCUGCUGGUGGCGAUGAAAUACAGGGAUUGAAAAAAGGUAUAGUUGAGAUUUCCGACCUUGUUGUGGUCAACAAGGCCGAUGGUCCUCUCGCCGCUUCUGCAAGAGAAGCAUUAACCGAAUACACUAGUGCCUUGAAGUACCUUCAACCGGCAACUCCGUACUGGAGUCCUCGGGUUACAAGUGUAUCUGCCAAAACAAAUAUGGGAAUUGAAAAUACCUGGAACAUAAUUAUGUCAUAUUUCAAGGCAAUGAAGGAGUCUGGUGAAUUCCAAAGGAGGCGUGGUGAACAAAGGAAGUUAUGGAUGUGGCGUCAGAUAACAGCAGAACUUUUGGACAGGUUGAAUUCAGAUGAAUCAAUAAAAAAGUUGGUGGACAUUUUUGAACAAAGGGUGUUUAAUGGUGAAAUGCCUUCUAGCACUGCUGCAGAUUAUGUCGUGGAUAAAUUUACGCACAAUUUUACGCAAGAUUCGAACAUUCAUUAUAAGAUAUACAAAGAUUUUAAUGUUGGUGAAAAAGAAAUUUGCAUGUGA